UUGGCAACAAGGAAAGUCUCGCGAGAGUAGGCGCUUGAGGCCGAAAAAUCGGUGCGGCCGGGCGCCGAGCUGCCCUUGGAGCGGCGAAGGCGUGGUUUAAUCAUGGCGUCUCGCGUCUUUCCCUUGAUUAAGUUCCUGGUCAAAGGAGGCUUAGCCGGAGGCGCCGUCUACGUUGUCUAUGACCAAGGCCUGCUGAGCGGAGGCGAGGAAGGGGCCCAUGCCCUCCGGAAAACCCGAGAAGCCCUCCCUCCGGCUCUGGAGGAAUGGACGAAAUAUUUCGGAUGGCAGCUUCCGGCCAUCCCCAAAACCGAAUUUUCUCUCUGCAAUGCCUGGAAUUCAGGGGUCCGGACAGUCAUAGGUGCUUUCUCCGUGGCUCCCACCCGGGCCGGUGAGUAUACCCAGCAUGGUUGGAAAUACGUGAAGGAUCUCGUGAAAUGAAACCAGCAGAAAAACCAUCUGUCUGUUCCCUCGUUGCCGAAAUGCCAGCUUUUCUGCACCAACUGCCAGAGAACAACCGUGCAACUGGGAAAGGGCACGAAUAAAGACUUUGAAAGAG